AUGAAUAGCAUCCUAAUUACCGGCUGUAAUCGCGGCCUUGGACUAGGCUUGGUGAAGGUUCUGGUUGGCUUGCCGGCUCCUCAACCAACCCACAUUCUUGCGACUUAUCGCGACGCGCAGAAAUCGCAGGAGCUUCUAGAUUUAGCAAAACAGCACAAAAAUAUUGUGCCACUACAAUUCGAUGUAAAUAAUUUCGAUGGCUACGAUAAAUUCGUGAAAGAGGUCGAGGCAAUUGUGCAGGAGGCAGGCUUGAACGUUCUUUUCAACAAUGCCGGAAUAUCGCCGAAAUCAACGCGGUUGAACUUUACUAAAAGUCAAGACUUGGUGGAAACAUUCGUAACGAACACGGUGGCACCUAUCAUGAUGACCAAAGCGUUUGUGCCGCUGCUGAAAAAGGCCUCCGAAAAUAACUCAAGCGCACCACUCGGUCCCCAACGUGCUUGCAUCGUGAAUAUGAGUUCGAUACUUGGCUCAAUCAAUUCGAAUCGGGAAGGUGGUCUGUAUGGCUACCGCACGUCUAAGUCGGCCCUGAAUGCUGCCACCAAGUCCAUGAGCAUCGACCUAAAAGGCCAUCAGAUCAUGGCUGUUGCCCUUCAUCCGGGCUGGGUGCAGACAGACAUGGGUGGCUCGAAAGCACCGCUUACAGUAGAGCAGAGCUGCGCAGCUAUCAUACGCACGAUGCUUGCAUUUAACGAAUCACACAACGGUGGGUACUACCAAUACGAUGGAAAACAGCUUCCAUGGUAGUCCCCAAAGCUAGACGAUGUAAUUUUUCAUUUGCAUUUCAAAUGGUUGCGUAACCGUUUUGUAUGAAAUUUGAACUGAUCCUUGUAUCGAAACCGAAUCAGUGGAUAUAAAUACAGGUUGUAAAGGGUUUUUCUCUUGAAAAAAUUUUUAUUAAAAGAAUAAAAAGUCGUAAUUUUAUGAAUACGGCAUGAAAU